GACCACAAACAACAACAAUCAUGAAUAGGGAAGGAGGGAAAGCGCGGCGCGCGCGAGGGAGACCCCGCCCCUUUCUCCUCAGCGCCGCCCUCCUUUCCCGAAGCGAGGGGCGCGCGGGGAAAGAAGGCAUCUCUCGCCGCCUCACAGCAUGAGCGAGGCUUAGUCGGCGGCGGAGGCGCUGGGCUUCGGCUUCGGGAGCGUCGGCCCCAUGUCGGAGUACACGCUGCGGAGCCUGGGCCAGCUGAUGGGCGAGCGGAAGGGCCCCGGGGAGCGGAGCCUCCUGGCGGCGUCGUGCUCCAGCCUGGGCAGCGCGGGCUCGUCGGGCGCGGCGGAGCUGGAGCUGGAGCGGGCGGCGCGGCGGCAGUUCCAGGCGGGCGAGACGCCGGGCUUGGUGUACGCGGCGGCGGCCUUCUCGGCGCUCGGCGGCUUCCUCUUCGGCUAUGACACCGGCGUGGUCUCUGGGGCGCUGCUGCUGCUCAAGCGCGAGCUGCACCUCGACGCCGCCUGGCAGGAGCUGCUCGUCUCCGGCUCCGUCGCCGCUGCCGCCCUGGCCGCCUUCCUCGGCGGCGCCCUCAACGGGUGGCUCGGCCGGCGCGCCUCCGUCCUCCUCGCCAGCCUCGCCUUCGCCGCCGGCGCCGCCCUCCUCGCCGCCGCCCCCGAUAAGCACACCCUCCUCGCCGGACGCCUCGUCGUCGGCAUCGGCAUCGGUAUUGCUUCUAUGACAGUUCCAGUAUACAUUGCGGAAGUUGCUCCACCCCAUUUAAGAGGCAGAUUAGUAACUAUAAAUACACUCUUCAUCACAGGAGGACAGUUCUUUGCAAGUGUUAUAGAUGGAGCCUUCAGUUAUCUUCCAAAAGAUGGAUGGAGGUAUAUGCUGGGCCUUUCAGCAAUUCCAGCUAUAAUACAGUUUUUUGGCUUCCUUUUUCUUCCUGAAAGUCCCCGCUGGCUUAUUCAAAAAGGCCAGACUCAAAAAGCACGCCGAAUUCUUUCUCGGAUGCGGGGAAAUCAAACAAUAGAUGAAGAAUAUGAUAGUAUCAAGAACAACAUAGAGGAGGAAGAAAAAGAAGUUGGUGCAGCUGGACCUGUGAUCUACAGAAUGCUGAGCUAUCCUCCAACUCGAAGAGAGUUGAUUGUGGGCUGUGGUCUACAAAUGUUCCAACAGCUGGCAGGUAUUAACACAGUCAUGUACUACAGUGCUACUAUUAUGCAGAUGUCUGGUGUUCAGAAUGAGCGACUUGCAAUUUGGCUUGCCGCAGUUACAGCAUUCACUAAUUUCAUUUUCACUCUUGUUGGAGUCUGGCUUGUUGAGAAAGUGGGACGCCGAAAACUCACACUAGGAAGUUUAGCAGGCACUACUGUUGCACUUCUUAUUCUAGCUUUGGGAUUUUUGGUGUCAGCUCAGGUUUCACCACAAGUCACCCUUAAACCCGAAGGCCCUUCAAGUCAAAACUCUACCUGCACAAGAUAUAGUUACUGCAAUGGAUGCAUGCUGGAUCCAGUGUGUGGCUUUUGCUACAAACUAAACAAGUCAAGUGUUGUGGAGUCCUCCUGUGUUCCUGUUAGUAAGAACUCUACAAUGGAAGCCGCCUGGGGCAGGUGUUCAAAUGAGACCAGACUCAAAACUGAAGACACUUAUUGGGCAUAUAAUUUCUGCCCUACACCAUACUCGUGGACGGCACUCCUGGGACUUAUCUUAUAUCUGAUUUGCUUUGCACCAGGAAUGGGACCAAUGCCUUGGACAGUAAAUUCUGAAAUAUAUCCCCUUUGGGCAAGAAGUACAGGAAAUGCAUGUUCUUCUGGUGUAAACUGGAUUUUCAAUGUUCUAGUAUCACUAACAUUUCUGCAUACAGCUGAAUAUCUCACAUACUAUGGUGCAUUCUUCCUGUAUGCAGGGUUUGCUUUUGUGGGACUCAUUUUCCUCUACGGCUGCCUUCCUGAGACUAAAGGGAAAAAACUAGAGGAAAUUGAAAGCUUGUUUGCAAAUUCGCUGUGUACAUGCGGCAAUAUAGAUUCCGAUGACGGGAGGUAUAUUGAAUAUAUCCGGGUGAAGGGAAGUAAUUACCAUCUUUCUGACAAUGAUGCUUCUGAUGUGGAAUGAUUUUCAGCUGCUGGCGUACUCAACCAUUUAAAAAGUCUUGGUGGGGGGAGACUGAAGGAGCCGCUUUAAUGAUGACCUCAUUGCCCUGCUUCUGGCCUGGUUCCCCUUUCUGCUAUCUCUACAGAAGUCCUUUCCUGUUUUAAACCAUGUCCAAUGAAGAAAAUACAAUAAAAUGCAAUAUGGUUCCUUUAAUUAGCGAGAAGUGAAGGUUGGGAAAGGGAAACAGGGAAUCCCUGUGACAAUAUGAGUAUUCCAGUCGUGUCUGAGGUCCUCAAAUCUGUGAUACCAAACUCUAUUGAUCAGAUGCCAUUUGUAGUUGUCCAUCUUGUGAAAUUUCAAAAAGGGCAGCUAGUCAGAAACCAGAUAAAUCAUAAAAGUAUGGUUACCUGGCAACCAAGGUUUGACACAAAACUGCUCAGCUUCUUGCAAAAUAAGGGUGGGAGGGAAUCUGCUUUCGGCUGUGGAAAUCGUAAUUUAUUUGGAAAUAUGACUUCUUUCAGAAAAACGAAUCAAUCUUGUUUGCACUAAGAAGGCAAGUCUGUUCGUCUUCACUUCUUGUUUGCUUGUUUUGGGCAUGUCUGUCUUUAAAUAAGCUAAAACCCAUUUUAACUGUCCUUGUCUCAUAUGAAGAAAUUUGGGAAAUGGAGCUGGGGAGAGAAGGCAGGCUGUCUGACAGAGAUCUUUAGUGUUCUGUAGGGACUGGGUGAUGUUUGUGAAUAGUUGAAACACAACUGCAUGGAAGCUUUGAACUCUGUGGCAGUUGUGUAUGAUGGUCUCUCCCAAGAGGUCAAAACAAACCUCUUGUGCUGUGUUAUAGCCACAGCCCAUCUAUCCAUCGCUCUUUGUACUUUGCUUUUACAUGCUGAAAUCACCAAGGUUGGAAGCUUUCUUAAAAUCAGGCUCCUUCCUGAAGCACUUUGAGGGAAAAGCAGUAAGCCAGUUUUUCUCGCCAGGCAUGUCCUACAAUUACAGACAUAUUCAUCUUCACCUCUGAACUCUGUUGGUUACCAUACCUAGUAUUUGACAACUGAAUUAAGAACUAGAUGACAUGCUUGAAAAAAACAUGUGAUUUAUUUCUUCUGAAAUCAUAACAUUUCAAAUGUUUGAGUGAAAUGUUUGAGUCCUCUGCAUAAAAAUCCCAUUGCUCUGCAAAAGACUAGUCUUGAAAUACUCACUUUUCAAGAAUCAAAGGACAAUUUACUUUGGGAGCAAAACAAAUAUGUGAUUCUUCAAAAAAAAUUCCCCAUGAAAGUUUCAGCAUUCUGUAUAUGUUGGUUUGGCUUUGAAUUAACAGUGCCAAAGGUUAGAAAGAAGCUUAGCAUGGUGCCAAAGGCUGAGCUGUGAAUCAAGGUGCCGCUGACCCAAGUCUCUGCACCCCUGUGUCGUCUGCUAUAUGCUGUUGCUCAGGAGUCCCUUACCCCCUCACAUUGCCACUCUUUGUUCAUUAACUUUUGUGGAGGAUUCACAUGGUGUGUUAAUUGGGUUCUUUUUUUAGAGUACAGUAGAGUCUCGCUUAUCCAACGUAAACGGGCCAGCAGAACGUUGGAUAAGCGAAUAUGUUGGAUAAUAAGGAGAGAUUAAGGAAAAGCCUAUUAAACACCAAAUUAAGUUAUGAUUUUACAAAUUAAGCACCAAAACAUCAUGUUUUAUAACAAAUUGGACAGAAAAAGUAGUUCAAUACGCAGUAAUGUUAUCUAGUAAUUGCUGUUUUUACGAAUUUAGCACCAAAAUAUCACGAUAUAUUGAAAACAUUAACUACAAAAAUGUGUUGGAUAAUCCAGAAUGUUGGAUAAGCGAGUGUUGGAUAAGUGAGACUCUACUGUACUUAUUAAUUUCUAACACAAACCAUCCAGUUCCCAAUUAAAGUAAUAUAAAUUUGAAAAAGAAAUAACAACAACAACAACAACAACAACAACAACAACACACUUUAAAACCACAGAUCACCUAUUACAAUGCAGUCUGAGCACUGCCACAUGCACUAUGGAGGACCGUCUCACAGCAACACUAGAGGCACUCCAAGUGGCCAGCUAUUGGUCAAAGGACAUUUAGUAUCAUGUCAAGUUUUUUUUUUAACUUUACAUUUGGUCUCAAAUAAUUACAACUUGUACCCUCGGUUCGCUUCUGACACAAUAAACAAAUAAAUAAAUUUAUAUUACUCCCAUCUCCCUGAAUGAACUCAGAGCGGAUUACAGUUUAUGUAAAGCAGACAAUGGCAAACAUUCAAUGCCUUAGUUACAAUCACAUACAAUGAGACACACAAGACAGACAAAGGCAAAAACUUCUCCUUUCAUUUCCGACUUUGGAGGCAGUGCUCAUCUUCAAGCCAAGGAGCCUGCGUUGUUACCUCCUGAUUGUGUGGCCGGGAUGAUUGCUUGGAGUGUCUUUGUUGCCUUUUCCCACCAAAACAGUACCUAUUUAUCUACUCAAAUUUGCAUGUUUUCGAACUGCUAGGUUGGCAGGAGCUAGGGCUAACGGGGAGCUCAUCCCGUCCCAUGGAUUUGAACUGCAGAUCUUCAGGUCAGCAAUUUGGCAGUUCAGCAGCACAAGGAUUUAACCCAUUGCGCCACCGUGGUCCCCACAUACAGCUAAAACAUAAUACUAAACACACUAAACACUAACUUACUUGUAACACACUAAGGCUCCGACUCCUCCAAUCCAAGCUGACAAAAAAAUAAAAAAUAAAUACCAUUAGCACACCAAUGCAAUAAUCCUUAUAAUAACUACCACAGAUUAUUAUAUUGUUAGAUUUCUUAUUGCGCAAAAUGUCAAUAAAUGGUUUCUAGUUUUUCAGAAAAUCUUCCAUUGGUUUAUCUGUUAGAACGCACCUUAUUUUUGCUAUUUUGCCUAACUCAGGAACCUUAGUAACCCAUUUUUCCAUCAUUAAUGCUUCAAUCUGCCUCCAAGCUUGAGCAAACUGUAUUUUGCUGAUGUUGUCAUUUUUCGAAGAAGUGAUCCAUUUUUUUCCAAUUCUUUAUCCAAAAUACCCAUCAGAUAUCCACCAAUUUUACAUAUAACUUCUAGACCAAUCAUUUUUGCCAUCUUACAAGUCCACCACAUAUGAAAAGAACCCCCUUAAUCUUGAUAUCCCCAACACUGAAACAUGUAAUAUCUGUACAUCAUCUCAUUCAGAUUUUCUUUUCCAUUUCCUCACUAAGUAAAUUUUAUAUCUUUAAACCACAUUUUCCCUGUACAUCUAUGUGAUCAAUAGGCUCAAAUGUAGGGCCCACCUUAUCAUGUACUCUCGUACAGGUUCAUCAUCUGUCUGUAGGUUGUACGUUUUUUAAAAUUACCUAGACAUCAUCUUUAUACAACUCUAAACAAAAUUCACUCUCUCCAACCGCAAUGGCAGAAUCUUGCUUAUCUAUCUAUCCUUUAAUUUGCAUAGGAGCAAACCAGUAAAGAUCUUCACCUUCCUUAACAACAUAUCUUUUGAACUGAACCUCCAGUUAUCUUGUUCAAAAUACAAAAUAUCAUUGAGCGACCAUCUCCAAUUUUAACCCAAAAAGGCUAUAAAUAACUUAGGGGAAAAAUCUGUUUAUAUUUAUAUCAGACUCGUAGAAGUGACCUUCUAAUACAAUGGGUUUUGAAUUCAGCACGUAUCCUUGGCUUUAUCAUACAAGAGAUAACCAUGCCACCCAAAUCUUUGGUCAUCGCCUCAAAAUUCCAAUAAGCAAUAUCUCUUCCUUCAGCCUUACAAAACAACAAACUUCACACUACAGUUUAAUAAACUGCCCCUUUCCUUAGUCAUGCAGUGGUUUAAAUUUUAUUCUGAGUCUAGAAACCUCUUCCUGUCAUUGGGAUCACUUGAAACAAAAAUGAAAAGUCUUGGCAAAACAUUGAUGGCAAUAAUUACCGCUAUUCUAUCCAAAAGGGAUAAAUUUAACUUUUUCCAUUUUUCUCAGCCUCUUUUAAUUUCUUUCCAAACAUUUUCAUGGUUAUUUUGAAUAAUAAACUAUUGUCUCUCAUGCUAGUAAUUCCCAAAUAUUUAGUCCUCUUUUUUCCACUUAGAAAUAUGAAUAAAUGGUCUCAUCAGGUUCUUGGUCACUGUUGUCAACACUAUGGAAGCAGUUCAGGAUUUUCUCUUUGCAGGUCCUGCCUGUUCUUUGACUUUCUUUCCCUCUUGCCUGGGGAAUUAUUCAUGCAUGUUUCUUUUGACUGCACAUAAUAAAGUACUAGUUUGCUCUUUAAAAUGAAAUUGAAAAAAUAAUAAAUGGCUUCUCAGAGCUUUUAAGACAGGAAGAGAAAUGCAAAGACAACGUGCAAUUGGAGUCAAGAUCAACAGGGAGGGAUAAAAAAGGUAGAAAUUGCAAAUAGGAAGCCCUUCAUUAACUUUCAAAAUUACUUUUUUAUUGAAAAAUAUCAGAAUCCAAAUUGAGAGAAGAGUCUUGGCCAUGGGAAAGGGAAGUGCUUGUGGAACCUCUACUUUCCAGAAACGUACAACUUGAGAGACCCUGAUUUGGAAAACAACUGAUAAGUAUGAAACACUUUAAUACAAAGAAGGUGGUGGUAGUGGUGGUGGUUGUGGUGGUGGUGGUGAUGAUGAUGACUAAAGGAAAUACAAUUUUCCUUACAUUCAAGUUGAAAGCAUUUACCUAGCUUGAAUGGCUUUAGGUCUUAGUAUCAUAAGCACAAUCAAAGUACCCCUGACAGGUGGCCAUCCAUCCUCUGUAUAAAAGUCUCAGAAGAAGGAGCUUAUACUACACUCUAAGGCAGUGAGUUCCACUGUUGAACAGCUCUUAUGGUCAGGAAAUUCUUCCUAAUGUUCAAGUGGAAUCUCCUUUCCAGUAAUUUGAACCCAUUGCUCUGACUCCCAAUCUCCAGGGCAGCAGAAAAGAAGCUGCUCCCUCUUAUAACAUCCUUUCAAAUUAGUAGCAGCACUAAUCAUUUUUUUUUCAGCUUGCCACAAGCAUUUACUUGGGCUGCAUGUAUGACUUUUCUGCCCAUCCAAUUCUGCACACUUUCAUUGAAAAAGGGUUGGCUUGGGAGCUUUCUGCAAUCUAAAACCUAUAUCCUCAUGUAUAAGUCAAGAGCAUGUUUUGGGGCCUGUAGAUAAGUCAAGGGUCAUCCUGUAGAGAUGGGAAAGCACUAAUGGCACUUCAGGCUGACAACCCCUCUCGGCCUCGAUUGUUUUGGUCAGGUCAGAAGUGGUCCAGGGCAGAGAGAAUGGAAUGGGUCAGUGCUUCUUCUCGGUUCUCCCAGGAUGGACAAAGCUCUUGCCUUUUGCUAUUCUCCUCAGUGAAAGGCAUGGUUCCUUUUUUAAUGUGAGUUAAGGUGCAGUACCAACAUUAACCCGUGAAUAAGUCAACCUAGGUUUCUUGGGUUGACUUUUUGACUAAGGUUUCUAGACUUAUACAUGAAUAUAUAGGAUAUUUUACUUUUAUAUACGGUAUCUUUUCAAAUAGAUUAUAUUAGAGAGGUAAUUGUUAAGCUCAAUAUUUUAAGAUACAAACUAUCUUUUGCAUCUUUUCAGAUACUUAAUUGCUAGAUUAUGAAAGUGUUUGCAUUUAUGGGGUUUGUUAUCUAAGACUUUCAUGGCCGGAAUCACAAGGUUUUGUGGCUGUAUGGCCACGUUCCAGAAGUAUUCUUUCCUGAUGUUUUUCCGACAUCUAUGGUAGGCAUCCUCAGAGGCUGUGAGGUAUGACAACCUCUGAGGAAGCCUGCCAUAAAUGUGGGCGAAACGUCAGGAGAGAAUACUUCUGGAACAUAGACAUACAACCUGGAAGACACACAAUUUGUGGGGUUGUUAGCAUAUAGAGAAUACAGUUGAGUGCAGGCUUGACCAGAGAAAUGAGCAACUGCUAUGGCAGUGGUUCGCAACCUGGGGUCCACAGAUGUUUUUGGCCUUCAAUUCCCAGAAAUCCUAACAGCUAGUAAACUGGCUGGGAUUUCUGGGAGUUCUAGGCCAAAAACAUCUGGGGACCCCAGGUUGAGAACCACUGUACUAGGAUUUUUUUGUCAUAGCAUAUUUGUACACCCAGACAAUAAUGCGCCCAGCUUUUACGACUAGCUUUCUUCUUUCAACAUUCCCCCCAUUUUUCCAAUAGGCCUCAUUGAACUGUUAUUACUGAUUGAGUCUCCCUUACUCUCAGGACCAGAAAUUUAGAAAUCUCUUAAAAGAGAUUUAAAGUGAAUAAGGGAUGGGAGAAAAGGGGCUAGUCACACAUGCAGUGCCUGCUGUAAUUUCCUCAAGAAGUCCUGAAGAGAGAAAGAGAAAAGGGGAGAAGGACUCCACUUACACAAGGUCCUUAUAAAAAGCCAAUGUCCCAGGUGCUUCCAAGGCUGUCAGCACCCGUUCUGUCCCUUUAGCAAAGGGAGGGGGAAAUCCUUGCCAUCCUCAUCCUCGCAUGAGUCUUUUUCAUUCCCUCUCAAGUGGAUACAGACAAAUGGGGUCACUCCGCACUUGCCCUCGCAUCCGUUUUCAGGGCACACUCCACAAAUAACAGAAAUCGGUGGAUAGCAGAAAGUUUUGGCUUUUGCAGCAUGUUAGAUUUUCAAAUCAGGAAGACUCAACCUGUAUUAUAGUUUCACCAAAUGAAAGGUUUUGUGUUAAAUGACCUUUAAAACCUUGCCUCCACAUGAGAAAUAAACAAACCUAACUUGAAUACUUUUAUGACAAAACUGGUUUCUUCUUUAGCUUAAAAACAUUCCCUAGACAAAACACAGAGACAGCUCCUGACAACCAUAUUGUUGUUUCAGUUGCUGUUUUCUUCAACUAAGGAAAACAAAUAACAACUAUGUGCCAAAAUGCUGCCUCUAAUAGGGCAGCCCUUAAGUAUGCCUUCGUUGGUAUUCCUGCCUAAAGCCUUAAUCCAGUGGAAAAGCCUGCAGAGUGUGUGUUCAACACACAAGGGGAGUUCAAAUUGAUCCCAGCACUUUGCAGGGUUUGAGCUUGAAGCCAAGGGGGAUACAGAUGCUAAAUUGGUGGUCUACUUUUCCCCCUUUGCUCUGGUUACCUACUAUAGAGCCACAAUAAUUACUCCUAGCCGGCUCGAUCGGAUCAAAGAAUGAUUGCUCUGAUAGAACCUUGCUCAAACCAGUGUCUUGAGCUUUGCAAAUCAUGUUCCAAUUUAUAUUAACCUUCUUAUUUUUCAGACUGUGCUGAGGCCUUUAUCAGCAGAAACACAUUAACCAGCCUUCUAGUUCCUUGACAUUCUCUUAAAUGACAUUCAGCCAGGCACCAUGCUCAGCUCUUUUUCUGAAGCUUAUUACGUUUAUCUCCAUGUGGAGGGUUGUUUUUUUUUAAAAGUCAGGCCUGACAUUUCCCCACUCUUCACCUGUUACAAAGCUGAAAGCAGAAUAUUUCAGCUCCCGAAUAAGAGCACAAUACUCCACUGCCACCUUUUCCCAAUGCCCUAUUUUAUGUCUAGACUGCUAGUCUGUCUUCCUUUUGACUUUGCUUUUCUGCUCUCAUCCCGCCUUAGUUGGUAUAUCAAGAAAUCAUUCAUAAUAAAACUGAAUUAAAUCAAUACUUGAAAUAAGCCCCAUGAAAUUGGGUUUUAUUUUAGAAUCUGGGUAUUUCUAAUGGAUGAAUAUGGAUGAAAUAUUUCUAUUUUGAAACAGAUUUUAGCUUAUAUUUUGCAUAUCUUAAUUAAAAAGCCUGUGUCUAGAAAUGACAUUCCAGAUAGCAGGAUUUACUGACAGUAUGUCAAGUAUUUAUUUAUUCUAUGAAAGUGUUUAUUCUUAAUAGAAUAUGAACUGCACGCCUAAACACAAGACUUUCUAAAGCUUUCUAAUAUAUGUUUCCAGAGAUCUGAUUAAUUGUUUGAAGAAAGGUGGGCUUAAAUCCUAUUGGUAGAGGGACCAAUAGCAUUUACAUAAAUAUUGACCCACCAUUCAGUCAUUGAUUUAUAGGGAACUAACAGUAAGAUCUAGGUUUGGGUUUAAUGAUUCCAGGAUAUGUGGCAUUUCUCCUAAUCUGAUGUGUCUGAUUUUGAAUACCUCUGCUGUUAAGCACUCACCUCAGUCUAGCAAAAGGAUUCGAGGAUGAAAGUAUGCUUCUGUGCAAAAUCUCAUUGAUGGAUUGGAUCCUGGAAUGCAGGAUUAAAGGGCCCGUAUCUUCUGUGCACAAUGAUUAUAUUGGAUUGGCUCCUAGGAGUUGGGACAGAUAAGAAGACCAUGCCGAAUCCAAAUUCUGUUUCCCAGUGAGAUAACUGGUACUGUCAACGUUCAGUAUAUGAACCGUCUAUUGAAGGGUUGAGCAGUGUCCAGCCCUUGAGCCUGGUUUUUGCAGCCCUUAGCCCAUUUUGACUCCCUGAACUACCCUUUUUUCUGGCCCAAAAAUAUUAAUUGACUUUACUGGAAGCUUCCAGAGAAGCAAUUCAGCAUUUCAAUUUGUUGCAGGGCCUCGUUGCAUUGCUUAUCGGGGGCCGGGGGGGGGGGGGGGGGGGGAGGUCACAGUAAGAAGGGGACAUUGGCCACUUUCUUUUUCAUGUUUUAUAUUUCUGCCUAUUUUUUAAUCCAUGUAGCCCCAGUAGUAUCUGAAAACAGGGUCCAACUUGUCAUUGUUGCCCUUCUCUUGUCUGUUGAACAGCCUCUGUUCCAUGGAUACUGACAUGCAGAUUCUCCAACGCAGCCCAUUCUGGAAUAAUGAGAAAGGUGUACCCAUUAUCUAAAAUACAGUAUGAGCCCUGUAUCCUCAGGAGAUACGUUCUUGAACUUACCAUGGAAACAAGAAACAAUUGAUAAGUCUAAACCUUAUUGAAAUGAAUGACUUUUGCUAACAGUAAUCAUAGAGUUGCCCUGGAGAACUUAGGAAAUUCCUCCGAAGGAUGCCUUUCUAAGAUUUUUCUGGGUUCUCUAGGGCACUCCAUGGUACUUUCCAGUGGAGCAUUCCAUAGAAUUACCUGGAAGACCUAGAAAUUCCUAAAGGGGAUAUUUUGUCAGAUGCAAGUAGGUGAAACUUCGAGUACUGGUUCCAUGGGUAGCAAGGGUCAUACUGUAACUCAUAAUAGGUAGAUGGUAGAUUUUGAGCUUUCGAUUGCAUUAAUGCCCAUAGAGAGACACACAUUGUGAUGGCUAAUGAAAUGGAGGAACCUUUAGGAACGCUGGCCUAAACCAACGUUGUGAUAGCACUGCAAUAAGUUGGAGCUCUUGAGAUUAGGUUAAAGAAAAGAUUAGGAUCACUCUACAUUUCAGUUGGGAGUAGAAAGUGGGUGACCAUCUAGAAUUACGACCUCAUCAUACAGGCUAAAUUGCCAGUCAUAUGCCAGUUCUUCCUCCCUUUUGUGAUGGAGCCUACCGGCUCCCAUCCUACAAUGGACAUUACCUUCUGAUGGGGCUUCAUCACAAGGGGAAAAAGUAAUCUGGCGAAUGCCACUGUGGCAUUCCUAUGUUACAUAGAGAUCUACGGGGGGAAUCCAAGCAGCGGACAGUUCCCCCUGUGGGAGGAGGUAAGGGGGAAGCCGGGCAAUGCAGGAUAUAGGACGGGUUCUCCAUGGCCCCCGCCAGGCCCCCAUGGAUUUGUCACGAUGUACAACGAAUCCUAUUGCCAAUGUGAUAAGGUCCUUAGUCCAAAUUAGACAGUCCUCAACCCAAAAAAAAUCACUGUUUCAUUUCACCAGAGGAAACUUCAGUUGAGUUCCACAGAUCUGAGCACCAGAAUUAUUGAACUGCUUCCAUUUGCUGAACAGGUUCUCUGUUGAUUUUGCCACAGCUUUCAUAGCUUUCAACGAUAUUCAGGAACUUGAGAAGAGACAUAACUAGAGUUAAUUAUAUAUAUUAUAAAGAUAUUUUAAUACAAAGAGAAAAACUCUAAGAUGCACUUUACCAUGUGGUGGGCAAAAACCAAGCUCAUGAGCCUCAUGCCAGCCUCAUUUUUGUUUCUCUUUUUAUGACCUACCAGGAAUCCCUCCAGAGUCCUCUGAAACUGAUCUGAUGUUCCCAAAAAUCAAUGGCAUAAAAAGCAACCAUUUGAAGUCCAGUUUUGCCUCUAAAUAUGGCCUGUGCUCUUCCACUGUCUAUUUUAGGAAUAGAUCAAUGCUAAUCUGUGGCAUAUAUUUUCAUAAGUGCAAAUACCUUGGAAGAGCAGAUUUUCUGACAAGCAAAGUGCAGGGACAGAGUGCACGCCUAGUUAUGAAGCAAAAUAGCACUUUUAAAUGGAAAUGUUUGCUGUGUUACAUAUCAGUAGAAAGAUCAUUAGCAAAGAAAUAAAACUAAUUCUAGGGCUAGAUCUACACUGCCUUAUAUCCCAGGAUCUGAUCCCAGCUUAUCUGCUUUGAACUGGAUUAUAUGAGUCUCUACUACCAUAUAAUCUGGGAUAAGCAGAUAAUCUGGGAUCAGAUCCUAGGAUAUAGGGCAGUGUAGCAGGGCCUAGGAUAUAGGGGAGUUGUCCACUCCUGACUUUUUAAAAAUUGUGUUUAUUGGUGCAUUUUUAUUUUGCCUCUAGACUGGAUGUGUGUAGGCCAGAAGCAGCGAGGCUCCAGUGUGUUUACCUGUACUUUAUGGGUUUUUUUUAAGUGUGUUAAUUGCGGGUAACUUUUACAGCUUAAAUGUAGCUUCUGAGGAUAAAGUGUUUCUGAAUUGUUCUUCAGAUUUAAACAAGUCACAUGAGGGGAGAACUGUGAUUUUCUACAAAUCAUAGAUUUGUUUACCGUUACCAUUUGGAUUACAAGCGCUGUUCAAAUUAAGGGAAAUUAGGAAAUUGUAGUAUUAUUGGUGGAAACUACUCUGGUAGUGCAAAAUGAAUUCUUUAUAGAUAGAUUUUAAAAAUCAGAAAAAAAAUAUUGGGCAGUUAUCUAUUUGUGUAUUUUCACAUAGAAAAGGAUUUUUUAUUGUGCCAAUAAUCAUCACUGUGGUGUUUUUGUAACCAAGUGCUAAUGUCGUUCAGGAGUACUGUAUAUGAAAAUAUUUUAGCCACCAGAUUUGUUAGUAAAUGUCAAAACAUGUUUCCUAAGCUGAUGUCCAUCUCUCUGAAUCAAGGCAGUAAGAUCAGUGUAAGAAACUAGUUUCUAUAAAUCUUUUUUUCUAUGUUACAAAUAUAAACUAUAUUACAUUUGGAACUGGGCAUGUGUCAUGAUGAAGCUUUAUAUAUAUAAAACGAUGGAGUACAUAUUUUCUUUAAGGUAUUUUUGUUUCCAAAUUGUGUUUAUUGUUCUUAUUUGUAUUCUGUAACAUACCAAAGGAAAAUGGAAGGUUGCACAAAACUUACUAUUCUGAGGGUCUCACUGAGAUAAGAUGCCGUUGAUACGUAGCAGAACCUCGGUCCUGCAAAAUCUCUGAGUACAGGGCUUCAUCUUGAGUUUUUAAAUGAAAACCAAACAGCGACUUGUACUUAGAAAGUUAGAUGUCAGGGAAUCGUUUUUGUUUUGUUUAGGGAUGAAAUAGCAUUCUGUCCUACAUUUUCUCACUCUUUUAAACCAUUUGAUAGUGGCUUCUGUUUUCAUAUGGGUGAUUUUCACCAGUUACCCCUCAGUGUGAAACUGAAAUGGUGAAGUGACCUGUGAGGACUACUGACUGCCACUUCAUAACAGCACGUUUUGGUUAAUUCCCAUCAUCUCUUUUUAUAGCAUUUUAACACGUGUCAUUUUUUUUUCUCAGCCAACCGAGCCUUUAAUGUAUAAAAAGUGAUGUAUAUUUUAUGAAAAUGUAGUGACAUAAAGUUGAAUGUUUUUAUGUCCAAAUUGCUCUACUGAAAGUUUACUCUAUGUAAAAAAAAUCUUUUAAAAAUUGUCUGACCAAAUGUAAAUGGACAAAAUAAAAGGCAGUUGAUUACAGAA